GAUAAUGUAUGUAUUGAUAUUAACCGGCAUUUUGGAUAGCUAAAUACCGCGGACGCCAGUCGAUCAGGAAAACAAAAGAGGAACCUAUUUUCUCCAUAAAUCGACGCGCUUCCGGUUACAACAACCGGAAGGUUGCCCAACAGUGCCGAAUUGCACUGAUUGCUCUGUGAAAAACAUCUAUGUACAUCCCCAGUGUCUGUUUCCGGCCAGCUGAAACUCGAUCCACACGACUGUCCCGGCCAUACGAUUUCCGGAUCCUCAAUUGGUUCGAACAGGGCCUGAAGUUUUAAAUUUCCGUACAAUAAUGACUGAAAAUUAAUGGCUUCAGUAACGAGGAAUUUUCCUCGACUUCUCUUGUUAGGCUAAUGAUAAAAAAAUAUUACUUAAGGGAAAAAGAUUGUAACGGUGAUCUGUUGGUGGCUGGUGCCAGUGUGACUGCGCCAACGUGUUCUGUGGAACAUAAAGUACAGAGAAAGCACUGUAUCUGCAUCUCAUAUACGUAGCUACGCGGCGAAUGUAGGACUGCGACCAAUUACUCAUUGCUGCAAAACCGUAAGAAUACAAGUUCGAGCAUAGACCGCCAUCACAACUUGGACAUGGUAAGUAAUGAUUAAAAUUUCGACUGGCAUCGAUUUUUUCAAUCGUGUCGUCCACAUCUUGGCCGUUAUUGGGUCUUAUGUGAAUGCUGCUGAACAAUCAGGAGGCUUGAAUGAGCGAUGUGUGAAAUGUUGUAUGAUUGUGAUUGAAUAGUAUCAGCGGUUUACUGGCAAAGGUUGUUCGUAUAUCUCUGCCUCGGAUUGAAUCACUGAUGAUAUGUGGAACUGGAACGCAAGUUUUAACAAAAUUGUAGUAUGUGGAACGCAAGAUUUUAUUGGUAAUAGUAGGGCUGAAUCACGGAGUUUUUUGCGCAAAAUAAACGAAGGGAGGAAAGCUGAGCAACAGCCGACAAAAUCACUACCAGGACUUUGAUGAUGUAAUUACCACGGACGAUUACUGCAUGCACAGAGUCGCGUCUGUAUAUGUGCGCCCUAUGAAAAAGUUCCGUGCUAUCAGAUCUGUUAAUGCGUCCCGGCUGGGUAUCGAACGGUACGUCCGCCUGUAUUGUAGAGCCCAAAAUAAACUUGCUGACGUUCAUGAUGUUGCUGACUCCCGCUGGUGAAAGUUUUUCCUUCCGGGAGAACCGAUACAGCCGGCAUCGGACAACCGAAUGGAAGAAUAUACAUACUCAACAGCGCAGUUGUCGAGAAUCUUCCCGCAGUAAUGCGGCGCUCAUUUGAUCAGUAAUAUUCGACGAUUAACAUCCGAAGAUUACAGGGCGAGGCAGAGGACGAAAUGGCAAGGGUUAAGGAGCGGGAAAUAUGGGAGCUUGCGGCGAAAGAAAAACGAGAAAUCGUGGAUUCGUUCGACAUAGGAUUCACUUGCUCGUACGUUAUGCGUAAAACCAACUUGUCUCGCAACAGGAUUAAGCAGGUGUUGUGCGCAGCUGGGAGAACGGGAAUGUUUAGCGAGCGGGACAACAAUGUGGGGGACUGCACUAACUCAGCGACGGCUGUAAAGUGCCGUUCGGAUGCCAAUCGGCACUUGCUUGAUCAUUCAUGCUCGACAUCUAGCUUGGAAGCCUCCCAGGGCGCACCAGGAAGAGAAUCAGGAACUGUGAAGACACGGGACAUGUACAACCUUACUCCCGACGAUAAUCAAGAAAUCCUGGAUUUAUUCGAUCAAGGACACUCUUGCUCUUACAUUAUGCGAAGGACCAAUGUGUCCAGCUGCUACAUUGAGCAGUUAUUGGGCAUAGCCGGGAGAACCUUUCGCGAACGGAAUCGAAAGAGGUACGACGCAUUGCGACCGGUUGUUCUGGAGCUGUUUAAGCAGGGCUGGUCCCUCCAUGCGAUAAAGAAACACGUCAAAGCUAAAAUGUUCUGGGUGGGAAAAAUAAUCAGGGACGCCGGUUUAAUGCCCAGAACGCGCACUCCCCGUGAAAAACCUACCCGUGUGCAACCGUCUCCGCUGAAAUUUACAGGCCUUGAUAAACACGUGAUCGUCACGAUUAAGAAGCAGGAUGGUGUAUGGCGCGUGUCACGUGGUCCAAAACGAAGAGAACCACGGAUUGGACGCCAUCUCGAUUGGACUAUCGCUGAAGAUGCGCAUACUGAUAUGCCCAGCUCCGGAAAUGGAAUGCGUUCUAUUAUCAGUAUUGCAUUGGAUGAUCUACAGUGGAAGAAUAUAUGCGCCACCACCGAAGAUGGGAAGCCCAGCCAAGAAGAAACCGGUAUCGCUGGAGCCAGAAGCGCGUCCGCUGACCACACACAGACGGUAAAUCAGGAAGCCGGCAUCGCCUUAGAAAUCAUAUCAAAACACGUUUCCCAAGAUCAAGUUAAAAAGGAGGAGAAAAUCAUAGAAUCAUCCGUAAUCACGCCGGGCACAUGCGCGGAAAAUACUUCCGGAACAGCGCUUUUCCAUGAAGAAAAUACGACCACGGGCGGCCGAUUUCAAUGCCAGAUUUGUUCUUUAUCCUGGGACGACGAGGAACCAUUUCUGUUCCAUUUGGCCGACACAGUGGAUGAACAGUUUCUGGCUACCGGGAUUUUUCUAUAUUGUACUGGAUGUAAAUUUAAAAGCCGAAAGCCGGCGAAGUUAGGCAAACACGUUAUUAAGUAUCAAUCGGGAGCUGCGCUGCAAAACUGCACACUGCACGCUAUUAAAGCUGUACAUUAACCAAGUAUGGGCAUUUAUUGUCAGUUUUUUGACUUCAAAAAUUACGGUGAUGCCAGUUUUCAUUUUUCUCGUUUUUUUGUUGUUUUGUGUUCUUAUAUCUGUGAGUACCACGAUGCAGCAGCGCAAGAAUGAUUUGUCAGCUAUCUGUAUGUGAAAAAGAACGAAA